AUGGCAGGCAACAGUGUUAGUGCCUACAUGGAGCAGUGUGUGGUGAUGAAGUUUCUUGUGAACGAAGGUGUAAAACCCAAGGAGACAGAAGACUUCAAGCACAGUACGGUGAUGAGAUGCUCAGCUGCAAAAAGAAAUUCGAAUGGUGUAAACAUUUCAAAGAUGUCCAUACGUCCGUCAGGGAUGAUUCCGGCCGUGGUGGUUCCCAGCCCACAGCAGUCAUUCCUGUGAACAUUCAGCAGUUGGAAUGCCUGAUUCUGGAUAAUCGACGCAUGACCUGUCGUGAAAUUGCAUAAGAAAUAAAUCUUUCUUUGGACAGCAUUUCAGCACUUGUGACAAAGUGAAGCAGGCUGUUCUAG